AUGAUGAAAAGGAGUUCAUUCGCUGCGGUUUGUUCAUUCCAGGAGUUCUUGGACGAAAAAGAAGAUUUUCUACUCCUCUACAGGUAUGUCUUACAGUCUCUUUCUUUAAAGUCUUGUCGUGCAAACUUAAGCAGAAGUAGAAGUAGCCUGAAGUUUAGUCGCCCGUCCACUCUUACUAAUUCAUCCUAAAUUUAAAAUAGAAACUGUUAUUCCCGAUAAGAGCGCGCAGCCCUCUCAUUUGUCAGUUUUCUAACAGCUCCGUUCACGAGUCUCCUAAAUUUGAAGUCGCAGAAUACAAAACAGUCAGUUACGGCUCUGAAAAUAGCAGUUUUGGUUGCACAUUAGUUCAAACACAUUUCUUUAGAAGAAACUGACAGAGGCCGCCUGUUGCGGAUGCGGGCACUCGCCAUUUCGCGAACUGUUUUCUAAUGGCUCAAUCCACCAGUCUCUGAAGUUUGAAAGCCCCGCAACAAAAAGUCAUUUGCGUCGUGGAAAAUAAUUGAUUUCCCAUUUUUUCUGGGAGCAGGAAAUGGAACUGGAACAAUGUCGUUUUGCGAGACGUUUUUCGUGAUAAAUACUAGUGAUUACUGAAUUAUGAUAUGUGUACCCAUUUUUGUAAAAGGAAGAGAGAGAUACUUUGAAACAGAUAUAUAUUUAAUUACAUCUUCUUCUUCAAAUUAAGAAGAUUUUUAUAAGCAAAGCAAAAAUGGAACCAACUAAGUUUGGGCAAAAAAGCAGUGCCAAAUAACAACGGCCCCAAUAAUCUUUCUUCCAUAAACGAAUUCUAGCGCGUAUAGAUAAUACGGGUUACGAUGGUUUCUGCAGUCUUUUAUAUUGUUCAAAUAGGAAAAUACUGAACAGAAAAAAAAAAAAUCAAAAAUCUUUACAGAAGAGAAACUUCUCAGUAAAAUUCUUUGCAAUAGCUUUCAUCACUGGUUAACAUUAAUCCAAAGAAAACACGUUUAGUAUGAAUAAUUACCAAUGAAAGUCCGCCGGUUUUUUAAAAGCAGGGCAAGAAUCAGUUGUGUCUUAUCAUUGGCAUUAAAUUCGCAGGCCGUCAGAUAUCUUUCAUUUGUUCAAGCAACAGGACUUUUUUCUGCCAUUGUUAUAUGACAACAGCGACAACAACUUUAUUUCAGUAUUCCUACAUGAGUACAUGGUAUUACCUACGUUAUUUAUGUUAUAAAUCUUAACUCAAAAAUUUAAAUCUUUAUUUAAAUUUUAAACAUGAUACAUAUCAACUUUUUUGAGAUUUGUAUUACAAUGAUUUCAAUCUUGUUCGCAGGAAAGCACGAAAAAAUGGCAACUUACCCUUCUAAGGUGUCGCUUUGUUUGAUAGCGUUGUUUGCGAUAUUAUUCUUGGCUCGUGCUACGAGUGGCAACAAAACCAAUCAGCCAUCAAACAACAUGGUAGGUGACACAGAAACUGCCUCUGAUAAGUCAGACAAAAUAUAUGUAAAUUUUUGAUGAUGUACAUGAAAACUUGGCGCAUUGAAUAAACAAUCUAAAUUCAAGUAUCACUGAUCAACAGUACUUCCUGUAUACGCAGCAAAUGUACCCUGGUCCCAGAGGUUUUUCAUGAUUUUUCUUCGCGAAAGAGAUCAAGAGGAAGCCGCGAAGCGGCGACAACUAGUCGCGAAAGCGACGAGGAGAGAGAGAAAAACCUCUGGUUACCUUGGCCUCGAAUCUCACUUUCAUGCAGACGACAGGGUCAGAAUCUGACCCUCGGGCGUUGAUUGGUUGAUAGUUUUUCAAACACGCAAACCAAUUUGAUUGGCUCGUUUAAUUGUAACUACCGAGGGGACGCUGAGGAUUUUCACACCUCAUUUUGCCUCUCUCUACUAGGGAAGAAAAUUGUUUGUAUGCUGCACUCGCAAUAACAUUUGCACGGGACCAAGGCACGUAAAGGCACGCCAUAUUUCGAGAUUUUGACAUGGAUGUUGUUCCUGAAAGAAUAUUCGAAGAAAUUUUGACCUCGGUACUUAAUGAGCGCUUUCCUGAGUCUCCCUGAACAACAAAAGAAAGCUUUGUUCGCUGCGUUGAGUCGAAAGGAUGUGUUCACCAUUUUAUCAACCGGACAUGGAAACUGAUAUUUUCUGUGACAAUACUGUCAUUCCAUUAAAUAAACUAACUUGUUUAGGGCUGCAAAAUAAAAAAUCUCCGAAUACGGAAUGAAAGUUUCCUUGUAGGAAAAAAAACAUACAACUUUGUACAACUACGUAAACAUUUUCGGUGCAGCUUGAUUUUCUGAAAGUACAUUCCGAACAUUAAGGGUUUGUUGUGCUGCAUGGCUCUUCCUAGCUUCCUUGUUCCACAAAAAAAGGAAAUGGAGCCGCCAAACCAAAAUGCGAGCCAGACUGCCAGAAUACAUAUUAAUAUUACUAUUUUGAAGGGAAUGCCCGCGAAUCGACGCGAACGGCGCGCCCCGCAGAAGUAAACAAUGCAAUAAGCGCGAUUGAUAGACUCUUGCAAACUUUACAACUUCCCGCUGGCACACUGCCGACAGAACAGAUGACAAUGUUUGUGAAAAAUCCUUGUUAUUAUACCCAAAAAAGUUGAUUUUAGAUCGGCCACUUACUUUUACAUAAAUUCUGCAAAUCCUGCAGCAGUCGUUUGGAACAAUGUCGGUUUCUUUAUUAAGUGGUCUCCUUAUUCCUGGACUCUUGUCGCCCAUCGUUAACACAUGCUUUAGCUUGACCCCGAUUAACAAAUCACUCUUUACCACCCAAGUGGAGAUGGUUUGUUCAUAACAUAAUUUCCCCAGGUCUACCCCCACUUAAAAAAAUAGCGGCUGAUAAGCACGUGUUUGCUAAGUUGCCAUUGGUCACUCCUUUUAUUGGCAAUUUGACGCGUUUGACAGCUGUCGUCUGCAUGAAAGUGAGAUUCGAGGCCAAGGUAACCAGAGGUUUUUCUCUCUCUCCUCGUCGCUUUCGCGACUCGUUGUCGCCGCUUCGCGGCUUCCUCUUGAUCUCGCGAAGAAAAAUCAAGAAAAACCUCUGGGACCAGGGUACAGCAAAUGAGACUUCUAAGACAAAAAGUGUACAUUUUAGCUGAAACGCCAAAUCGUAUAUUUACGGUGUUAUGUCGUUGAGGAAAAUUUUUAAUGUGCGGCUCUUACGUACAAAAAAGAGAAUUGUGACAGCUGCUCAAUUUAAAUAAUGAUAUCAUCAAAGCCGAUUGACAAAUUUGAGGUUUAUUUUUCCUCCAAUUUACCAGGCCUCUCCCGUCUACUAUGCUGGUAUUCCCGGCAUGCAUGGUAAACCUGGUUCCCCUGUGGGUACCAGGCCGCGACGGACGAGAUGGCCGUGAAGGAGCCAAGGGUGAUCAAGGUAUCCCAGGGAAGACUGGACCCCAGGGGCCUCCGGGACCUAGCGGAAACCCUGGUGUUAAUGGAAUUGAUGGCGCUAAAGGAGAACGCGGAGCCCAAGGACCCCCAGGACAAAAGGGGGAACGCGGGGAGAGUGGAUUAAGUGGAACCCCUGGGAAUCCAGGUCUGAUGGCUUUUAAGAACUGGAAGGAAUGCGUUUGGAAAAAACUCAGUGAUGGCAAAGAUCAAGGGCUCAUCAAGGUUAGUACAUUUUUGGGUAUCUUUCACAUUAUUCGAAGAUUGUUAACCGACAAAAUUAUGCUACAUGUUCUAACCCUUGAACUCUUAAGAGUGAACAACGUCUAAAUUCUCUCUAAACUGGCUUAUUCAACAUAAAGAGUUUUGAGAAAAAGGAACUGAUCAGCAAGUAAAAGGAGCGUUCUUUAUUGAACAAAUUCUUCUCUUCAGUGCAAUAGGUAAGGAGGACAGUGUUAAGAGCAGGCAUGCUCAUAUUACGAUUCAAGGGAUUAUUGGAACUAUCGCAAUAUGGCUUCGUAAUUCUUGUUCAACAUUUUUUUCUUUUUGAAGUAGAUAACGCUGGGAAACAUCGAAUAAUGAGCCUGGUUCUAGCUCUGUUUUUUUGUUGUUGUAGUUGUAGUUGUAGUUGUUAUUAUUAUUUUUAUUUUUUGCACAGGAAUGUGUGUUCACCAAAAACUUCUCAGACACAGCCCUUCAUGUGUACUGGAUGGGUACUCUUAAAACCCAUGGGAAAGAUGCAUGUAAACGCUGGUACUUUACUUUCAACGGCGCGGAAUGUUCAGCCCCUCUGACCAUUGAAGGUGUUGUGUACGUGAGAAGUACAACUGUAAAUCCCCAUCGUGUUCGCCAUAUCGAAGGCUACUGUAACAACAUCCACAAAGGAAAGGUGCGCGUGGGAUUCUGGGUUGGUACUUGCCCUGGCUACAGUCCAAACUUUGACGCCUACACGGGAUGGAAUUCUGUGUCCCGAAUAUUCGUAGAAGAGGUUCCCAGAGCUCAAGCUUAGACCUCGAAUUGAAACAGAGAUUCCUGAUUUAAGCAUACAGGGACAUGCAAUAAAAGAUAGUGCUGUCUUGAUUAAGGG